UUAAAUGCAUGGUUACAAUUUUGUUAAAAAUGGGGAAUGAUAUUGCUUUACAGCAAUGUCUUUCUUGGAGAUACUUGCAGAAUAAGUGGAAUCAAGUGGGUUUGUCAGGUUAGUGGAAUUGGAUGGCUGACUGGGCUCACUGAAAACUUACCUCUUGUCACGUAAUGCAGUAUUGCUGUUCACAGAACAUAACAUUAGAAUGCCAUACUAACUGCCUUACAUCUCUCUGUUCAAAUGCAGCCAGAACUAACUUUUUCUAUAUCUCUCCAGUGUUGAUGAUAUUCUGAUAGUGCCACUACACUGGAGAUAGUGGCAUGAACUUUCUGCUUCACCUUAAACUAUAAGCUUUGUGAGGGAGGUGGUUUUGUGCCAGGUGAUGAGAGGUUAGAGUAUGACAGAGGGACGUAUAUUUAUAUAUAUAUGUAUAUGACAGACUUCCAUUAACCAAAUUCACUCACAUUGUCAAACUAGGCUGUAGUAGAAGACACUUGCUGUGCAGUGGGACUGAGCCCAAAAUAACUUGUUUGCAAAGCAAGUUUCUUAACCACACAACCAUACCUGCACCUAUAACCAUACAGCUAUGCCUUGUCUGUUUAAAGAAUAAGUAAGGUAAUGAGUCAAAAAGGAGCAUCUACCUGAUCAUUUGACCCUUGAGAAAUUGUAGCCAGAUUGCCAUUAGAUCACACCCUACCAUCAUAAAAAAAGCAGGAUGGUCAUGAUUGGAACACCUAGGUCUGCUCAACACAAGUAAGGUGGUAUUUCCAUAUUGAAAGUUAACAGUAAAUAAUUAUGAGACAAGGGGAAAAAUGAUUUUAGUUUUAGUUUUAUUCUGACCUCUCCAUUGAAAUGUAACUUUUACAGUACUUACCAAAGUACCAAUGUCUGAAUCAUUAAAUGCCUAUACAAAGUUGUACAUUUAUUGGUAUAAACAAAUUGAAUUGUUUAGGGCAUAGUUUAUUUUCAGAACAAUUUAUGGAUUGCAGAAGACUGAUCUAGGUAUACUGGGUUUCCUUCUGAAGUUAGUUUCUUGCUAAACUUAUAUGGUAAAGAGAUGGAGUAUGAUUACUGACAAUUAUAGAUGUGAUGAUCUAAAAUUCUAAUUUGACAAAAUGUGGAGUUAUAUUUGAGGGCUAAGAAGUAUUCAAUUGAAGUUUUCUAGAUGGAGAAUGUUUACUUGUGAAUGAAUAAAUCAUGUUGAAAAACAAAACAUUUAAUGCAGUAAUAUGUUCUAGAUGGAAGAUCAAUUACAUGUAUUUGUUUUCCAUUUUCAGAAUUGCAGCAAAAGAAUAAUUUGUAAAUUUACUACCAAAAGAGAUAAUCUUGCUUACAAAAGAAGUGGCAUGUUUACUUGUAUGGAUGCUGUUUAAAGGGUCAACUUAAGAAGAAGUCAAAUUGAAACAAAAUUAAAAAGGAUGUAAUUCUUUAAACUAAAUGUUUCCCAUAUAUUCAAGAGUUAAACCUGUGUUCACAUAAGCAAGCUAUAAGAACAUUUCCAUAUAAUCUUCUCAAUAAUUUCUUUCUUUUUUGCUAUUUUUUGUGUAUAUCUAUAUUCCAAAAAUAUAUAUUUUAGAGAUUUCUGCGUAUAAAACGUAUAUAAUGAUUGACGUAUAUUUAGGAUUUCAGAUCCUCCUUAAUUUUAUUUAUCGAUUCGGUGCACGUUACUCAGGUCUUAAUUCUUAAAAUUAAAUAUAAUACAAUUACAAAACAAUUCUAAUUUCAUAUAAUUUUAAAAAAUAAAUAGGGAGGGGUGUAACUAUAUUGUAAAUUUUAUCUCCUUUUCUCUGACCAAAUCGUAUUUUGGUAUUUUUAUUAAAGGAGGGAAAAAAUAACGCUACACCGUUAAAGGUCACAUGUGUAAAGCAAUUCUUGUGUCGUUUUAGAGUCUUAAAAGAAAGUAUUUUUUUCUAUUUGUGAAUCUCUGCUACAUUAGAAACUAACUAAAAGGAAUAUCUUUAAUCAAAUCUUCAUGAAAGAACAUUUGCUCCGGGUGGAUGGAUUUGGAGACUGUUGGCAACUUUCGAAAGAUGGAGACAGAGAAAGGCCUUAACCAAGUCUCCGCUUCUACUUUAUACAAUCUCAAAAUGAAAGUGAGAGAGCAUUCUGCCAUAUCCAUCCAACAUUGUGUUCAAGAACAAAUUAAUGCUAUAGCUCUUAAUAAAGAUGCUAAUCAGGUUGUUAUUGCAGGACGUCAAGUAUUCAAAAUAUUUUCAAUUGGAGAAGAGAAUUUUGAAGAAAAAGCAAACUUUCGAGUUGGUAAAAACAUCACCUUAAACUACAGUGCUGCUGAUGUUACCUGGAAUCACAAUGAAGAAAACAAGAUAGCUUCUGCAGCAACCAAUAGUUCUGUUGUAGUUUGGGAUUUACAGAAAUCCUCCCGUUCUAAGCUCUAUCAUGUUUAUAUGUCACACAAAAGAACUGUUCACAGAGUUACAUUUCAUAACAAAGAACCUGCCCUUCUCCUCAGUGGUUCUCAAGAUGGAGAUAUGAAAAUAUUCGACAUCAGACGGAAAGAUGUGAGCACAACAUUUUCAGCCAAAGAAAGUGUUCGUGAUGUUCAGUUUUGUCCACAGAGUUCGGGAUAUUUCCGCUUUGCUGCCGGAUUGGAAAAUGGCAUUGUUCAGGAAUGGGAUAUUCGACGUCCAGAUCGUCCUGAUAGAGAGAUAACAGCUCAUACAGGACCAGUGUUCACACUGGACUGGAACCCUAUGGACAAAAACUGGCUUGCCACCGGUGGAAGAGAUAGAGCUAUAAAAGUGUGGGAUAUGCCUACAAAGAAACUUGUUCAUAUUGUACAUACCAUGGCCUCAGUAGCUAGGUGUAAGUGGCGACCUGAGUACAAAUAUCUUAUAGCUAGCAGUUCCCUUCUUGUGGAUUUUGCUGUCAAUAUUUGGGAUAUUCGUCGACCGUACAUUCCCCUGGCUGCCUUUAACAGACACAAAGAUGUGGCUUCUGGUAUUCAGUGGAGAAACAGUCCAAACAUCCUCCUCAGCUGUGGUCGUGAUGGCUAUUUGUGCCAAAAUAUUUUUAAAGAGGCUCAACGUCCACUUGAACACAUUAAUCGUGUUGGAGUGAACAUAAGUAAAAAUGGUGAUGUAGCUCAGGCUGUGUGUGAACAUUUGUUGAAACCAUAUCGAGAUCAAAUCUCAGAAAUACAUGAACCUACUAAUCAGUUCUACUUUGAUGAAGCUUCUACCUCUUCACCAAGUUCUGUCUGCCAAAUUCUACAGACUGUUGAGCCUUACAUGUGGGCCAACAGUAAUCUUUAUUUAUUUUUAUCUGAUUCUUCCCCAGAUCUUUCUAUGGACUGGUUUAUUAAUACUGCUAAUAUGUACAAACUUAAUGGUAAAUCUUUUGAAGAAAUCUGUGACCAUAAUGCUUCUGUUGCUCAAAGACUAAAUAGAAAACAGGUGUACCUUACUUGGAUGAUUCUAAAGACAUUGUAUUCAUGUACUUCUCCAAGUAACCUUACUCCACCAUACCACUCUGGUCCAGGAUAUUCUGUCCUUAGUGAUAAACCUGAUAUGGAGAAGAUUGGGAAAAUUGCUGAUGCAACACCUGAGAAAAGUUGUGAAGUUGAAAAAGAUAAUCCAUUGGGAGAAAAUACAUCAGGAUGCAGUGAAGAAGAAUCUGACCCAGAAAAUGAAGUUCAAGAAAAAAAUUUAGCAAACAUUGCCACUGGUUUAGCCAGUCAGACAGGAGACUUUUUCUUUGGUGAAGGAGAUACAGAUUUCUCUUAUGACCUAGAAGAUGCUGACAGUGUACUUCAUGAUAAACAUGAUUGGUCUCUUCCAGCAGAAGCCUUCCAACCUCGUCAUGAACUUGAGUUUAGCAAUGCACCACCAGUGCCUCCUCCUCACUAUUCACCUGCAAAUGACAGCGAUGGCAAUUCAUUUCAAGCUACAAGUAACAACCAUAAAGAGACAAUCAGUAAUGGUGCUGCAGUGAACGAUCUCUAUAUCAAUGUGAAACUUCCCAUUAUACCACAGUGGGACUGUAGCUCCUUGGUUACAGAUAUACUUGUUGCUUAUGCUGAAGAGGACAUUCAGUCAACUGUUUCUAUGCUGAUUGUCCUGGGGGAUCGCAUCCAGCCAGAAAUUGAUCUGGAAGUGCGGACAAGUUGGUUCCUAGCCUAUAUUGAAUUAUUAGGACAAUUUAAACAAUGGUCAGUUAUUGCUGAUGUGAUUAGACUUAGUAAAAUCCCUGAAGUUUCCAUGUUAAACCAACAGUCUUCAAAUAUCCUCACCAUGUGUCAUAGAUGUAACAAAACACUGACCAACUGUAGUUGGUUUUGUAGCAAAUGUCGAACAAUUGUUGGUGUGUGUGGUGUAUGCUAUCAACCUGUCAAACGACUGUAUGUUUGGUGCCAGGGCUGCUCUCAUGGUGGCCACCUCCAACACAUUAUGGACUGGUUUCAAGAAAAUAAACAAUGUCCCCGAGGCUGUGGACAUUAUUGUGAAUAUUCUUGACCUUUAAAAAUUCUAGAUGCUUCCCCUGUAAAUUUUGACUAAAUGUCUCUUUGUUUUAAUUUUUCUUAAAGGAAUCACUUUUGAAUUAAAAUCCAGAUUAAUGGAUCAGAGAAUCUGAUUAAAAGCUAAAUUCCUGUGGAAUAUCUGAAAUUAAAUGAUCAGAAUUGAUCAAUAAUGAAAAGACAAGAAAAUGAAAAUUCUGUUUGUUGUUCGUUAAGGCAAACUUCGAGUUUGGAAUCAUGGAAAACAACGACUUAAAAUAUAUUCCCUUCCCUUGAAAAGAAAUAUGUUAAGACUAGUAAGUAGAUUUAAGCAUUUUUCUGUUUUUUAAACAUUAGAAGGACACCGAAAUAAUUCUUAUUUUCUCGUUUUAAAUAAAAUAACAAAAACUUCAAAUAAUUUUUCAAAGAUAAACAACAAAAAUUAUCUAAGCUCUGUUUCUACUAAACUGAUAUGAAUUUUACAAAGUUUAUAUAAUUGGAAAAUAUUUUUAAAACUUUACUACUGUUAGCUGUUGCCUCUACUUUGCACUGUCAGCACUUUGCCUAGCUGGGUUCACUUUGAUAAAGAAUUUUUUUUAUUUUUUAAAAUUUACAAAUGGGUUCAAUAUGAUGAAUGUUUGUGUUCAUUGUUGUAGACAUAAGUGUAAUACAGUGUGUUGAACAUGUGUAUGCAAUGUGGUGAACACAUAUAUGUGCAGUAUGAUGAGCUUGUAUGUGUUCACUAUAGCCAAUGUGUGUGCUGUGGUGGCAUGUGUGCAUGCAGUGCAAUGAGAAAGUGAGUUCAAUGUGAUGAAUGUGUGUUCAGUAUGAUGAACAUUUCUUCAAUCUAGUGAACAUGUGUGUUUGUUGAAAUGAACAAGUAUGUGUUCACUGUGAUGAAUGUGCAUAUUCAAUGAGGUGAGAAUAUUUAUUCAUCAAGAUGAACCUGUGUAUCCAGUGUGAUGAACAUCUAUAUAUUUAGAGCAUAUUCACUGAUGAAAAUGUGUGUUCACUGUGAUCAAUCUGCAGGGAUUAAUAUUAUUUUACAAAAAUAAACAAUUGUUUCGUUUCUAUUUUCAGAUUAAUGAUUGAUAGCUUUCCUAGAAAUCACAGAUUUGUAGGACAAGUUGUAAGAUAUUAUGAUUGAUCAAUUACUAAACUAGAUAUAUUAUUGAUAACUUGCAUAGUUAGAGAUCACAGGUUUAUAGGGCAAGUUGUGGAAUACAUAUCAUCAUCAUCAUCAUCAUCGUUUAACGUCCGCUUUCCAUGCUAGCAUGGGUUGGACGAUUUGACUGAGGACUGGUGAAACCGGAUGGCAACACCAGGCUCCAGUCUGAUUUGGCAGAGUUUCUACAGCUGGAUGCCCUUCCUAACGCCAACCACUCAUAUGAUUGGUGAAUUACAAAAGCAGAUAUAGUAUUGAACAGUCAAAUGUUUGACUGUGUUUCAUUGUGAAUAUAACCAUUUUAUUCUUCAGGCCUCAGUUUUCCUAGCUGUCAAAUAUAGGUACUUCACCCUUUAGCAUUCAGAUUGCAUUAUCAGAUGUAAUGCUCAUUUAUUCACAUUGUUUUGAAUUAAUCAUGCAUUAUCUCAGCUUUGAGAUUUUGAUGAUGUGAUAAUUUAUUCUUAGAAUGGCAUUGUAGGGUAUGUGUGAGAAGCCAGACCCAACCAAUUUGAACAUAAAACAGGUGGAAUAUUUGAGUCAGAUAUGGCCUGUUUAAAUACUAAAGGGUCAAUCUGAAAAUCUUGCCAUUAGAUUGUCUUUUAAUGACAAGAUGUAGUUCUUAUUUGCAUAAUGAAGCCAGAGAUUAGUACUUGCUUUUAACCUUUUUGGUUACCAUAUUUCUGUUGAAAUACUCUGCCUUAAGUUCAAUUAAUUUUGAAAACAAUGCAGAAUUUAGUAAAAUAACCUUCUCAUUAAUAACAUUAAUGACAACCUUAUUAAAACAGCUUAGUAGUAACAUUACUAAACUGAUGUUUGGAAUGUGAAUUCACCUGAAAUUUUGAUGGAAGGUUUUACUUUAGAUCACUUUAAAGCAGGAAGUUUCUAUCAGAGAACCAGAGAUGGUCUUAGGUAGAUUGGUAUCGAAAGGGUUUGGAAAUUGCAAGGAUACUAUUGGUGUAAUUUAUAUGAAAUAACCUUGAACUGGAACAAAACUCAAGUUGAAGAGUGGUCUUAUCAACAGCUCCUUACUGUAAUGUACCACUCUUUACUCCGGCUAACAAAGAUAUUCUAUGACGAUUGUCAUAGAAACUCCACUUGAAAACUUCAUUUUAAUAUAGUGUAUAUAUAUCUCUAGAUAUAUAGUGUAUAUAUAUCUCUAGACUGUAGUCAUGGGAAUAUUUGAGCAGAGCACCACAGUUAAUGAAAUACUAGUUAUUUUUAUAUCACUUCUACCACUGAUUAAUGAAUUGUAUAUCUCUGUGGUAUCUAUUGACAGCUAGAUGGGCUAAGUCACAGGGGAUUAAGUAUUCUAGUUUUAGAUGCAGUGCAGUGCUGGUGACAUGAUAUAAUCGGCGAACAUUCUCACCAGAAUGUUGAUAGAUAUUAACCUGACUGGCUGUGAUUUUUUUUUCUUUUGCCUGUGACAAUUGAGGUUAACUGAAGGGACUUUCAAACCAGUAAAUUCUAAAACUAUAAUGUGAAUUAUUCCAGUUUCAAAACUAUUUCUCUCACAAUUUCUUCAAGAAUUUACAGAUUAAUGAUAAAAGCAAGCCAAAAAUGUUUUUAAGUGUUUUGAAUAUGUUUUAAUAUUUAGAAACAAUAUCAAAACUACUGUCUUACAUUAAUUUCUUUUCUUAGAUUAACUUUUAAAAUUGUUUCAACAAAAUUUAUUCUUUAUUUCUUCUGUAUUUAUUUUACCCAGUAUGUCUUUGAAUGGCUGGAUGUUUUUAAAUCAAGAUAAAUCAAUUUUGAUUUUUGUAAAAAAAAAAGAAAAGAAAAGAAAAAAUUAAUAAAAAUAAAAUUUAUGAAAUCAAAAUGUUAAAAUAAAAUUUCAAAAAUACAAUAAA